UUCUUUUCUCUUUCAUUUUUAUUGAAUUAAAUGAGAAAUGCGAUAUAAAAAUGUUGUUUAGCUUCUGUUACUUUGUAGAAAUACUAGUUGUGAAAGCGGUUCCAAAUACAUUAUGCUGUGCCGUUCAAGGAUUUUACAAGUCAACAGCGAACACACAUUCGAAAUAAUUAAAUGAAACGAAGUGCAAAGUCUAAUUUGAUAACUUGCUGGCUUUAUUUGUGAGGCAUUCCCUCGCAUUUUCUUAUUGUCUUUAUAACGGAAAGUUUUAAUUAAUCAAAAUGGCCAGUGUUCUUAAACAAAGAGGUUUACAAUUAAAAAAACAAAUGCAAGUCUUAUUAUCUCAAAGUAUAAAACUGAGUAGUGUGAAAAAUGAACCUUAUAUAUUGAAAUCGGUUUAUGAAGAUAUACCACCUGUGAAUUGUACUAUAAAUGACUUCGUUUGGCAAAACUUGGAUCGUUGGCCGGAUAAGACUGCUGUGGUGUGUGCAGCCACAGGUCAUGGAUAUACCUACGCACAAACUCACAGGAUGUCAAUUUCAUUCGCUGCAUCACUGCGAACGAAAUUGAAGCUUAAGAACGAUGACACAGUGGCUAUAAUCCUGCCAAACGUACCGGAAUACCCUUGCACUAUACUAGGCGUGUUGGAGGCUGGUUGUAUUGCUAGCAUGAUGAAUCCAGCGUACACCGCACAUGAAUUACAUCGACAGUUGGAAUUAAUCGAAUGCAAAGCUAUAGUAACAUCGAAACUAUCAUAUCCUAGCGUAGCUGAAGCCAUUAAAAAAUUAAAAAUAAAACCUGCAGUAAUAUUAAUUGACAACGAUGGACUACCAGAGGGAGUUAUAAAGUUUGCGGAGUUUGCUGAAGAUAUGUCAAUUGACACAGACUGUUUGAAAUCGGUGCAGAGGAGUAAAAAAGAUAUUGCUAUAUUGCCUUUCUCAAGUGGUACUACUGGUUUCGCGAAGGCUGUGGUAUUAACACACCAGAGUGUGGUUGCAAUGAAUCAAAUGAUUAAUAAUCCGGAAAUUAUUGCUGUUGACGAAGCUACGGAUAAAUAUCAGUGUGCAGUGCCAGCGGUAUUGCCAUUCUUCCACAUCUUCGGUUUCAAUGCGGUGAUGAUGAACCUCAUGGCCAGAGGGAGCAAACUCAUCACCUUCUCCAAGUUCAAUCCGGAGCUCUUCCUCAAGACCAUUGUGCAGCAAAGAGCUGAACACUUAUACAUUGUUCCACCUAUGGUCGUAUUCUUGGGCAAACACCCCGCGGUGACUGGGGAAUAUUUACAGUCAGUGCGCGGCAUUAUUAGUGGAGCUGCGCCACUGUCGGAGUCUGACGCUGCCGCUGUCUUGAAGAAAAACAAGAACAUAUUCUUCCGUCAAGGCUACGGAUUGACUGAGACAAAUGGGGGUGUGUCAGUGGGCAGGAAGACUGAUGUCAAUCAUGCCACAGUUGGCUACAUGUUUGGCAGCUGCGCUGCUAAGAUUGUUGAUGUUAACACACAAGAAGCACUUGGACCUGGGAAAGAAGGUGAAAUUUGGGUUCGCGGACCUAAUUUAAUGCAGUGCUACUACAAGAACGAACAAGCAACCAAUGAGGUCCUCACUCACGAUGGCUGGUACAAGACGGGGGAUAUUGGCAAAUAUGACACCAAUAAAUCUCUUUAUGUCACUGAUAGAUUGAAGGAAUUGAUAAAGGUAAAAGGUUUCCAAGUACCUCCUGCAGAAUUAGAAACUAUCUUACGAACACAUCCUAAAAUAAUGGAUUGUGCAGUUAUCGGUGUUCCUGAUGACGUCACAGGCGAAGCUCCCAAAGCAUUCGUAGUCACACAGACAGACAUCACAACAGAUGAAAUAAAACAAUAUGUGAACAAGCAACUUGUAGAUUUCAAACAUAUCAAGGAAGUGCAAUUCGUUGAAGAAAUACCUAAGAAUCCAGCUGGUAAGAUUUUGAGAAAGGAUUUAAAAGCCAAAUAUUGUUGAUAAAUAUAUUAACCGUAGAAUUUCACUGCCGUCAACACUUAUC